AUGAGUUUGGCUUUUGGGUUGGAUUCCAUUAGUGGAAGUACCACUUUGGUUAGGUACACAUUUGAUGAAACCAAGCAAUCAACUAAGAAUUUCUCUAGGGAAAACAUAAAUGGAAGUGGAGCGUAUGGGAAUGUGUACAAAGGGGUAUUACCAGAUGCUGAAGUUGCAUUGAAGAGAUUCAAGAAUUGUUCAUUGGUAGGGGAUGCGAGUUUCACACAUGAUGUAGAGGUGAUUGCCAGUGUUCAACACGUGAAUCUUGUGGCUUUGAGAGGGUAUUGCACUGCAACGACUCCAUUAGAAGGCCACCAGAGGAUAAUUGUGUGUGAUUUGAUGAAGAAUGGUAGUCUUCAUGAUCACCUAUUCGGGUUGAAUGUGAAUAAGCUAAGCUGGCUAAUUCGCCAAAAGAUUGCGCUUGGCACGGCUCGUGGGUUAGCUUAUUUGCACUAUGGUGCUCAACCGGCUAUUAUUCAUAGAGAUAUUAAAGCAAGUAAUAUACUUUUGGAUAAGAAGUUUGAGCCGAAAGUGGCUGAUUUUGGGCUUGCAAAGUUUAAACUAGAGGGGAUGACAUAUUUGAGCACUAGAGUAGCCGGGACAAUGGGCUAUGUUGCCCCUGAGUAUGCUUUAUAUGGGCAGUUGACAGAGAGGAGCGAUGUUUACAGCUAUGGGGUAGUGUUUCUUGAGCUUUUAAGUGGGAAGAAAGCGCUUAUGGCAGUUAAUGAAGACCAACCCACACUUGUGACUGAGUGGGCGUGGUCGUUGGUGAGGAAAGGGAAAGCUUUAGAUGUGAUUGAAGACGGUAUGAGAGAUUUGGGUCCUCCAGAAGUUACAGAGAAGUAUGUAUUGGUUGCAGUACUAUGUUCUCACCCACAGUUAUAUGCUAGGCCGACAAUGGACCAAGUUGUGAAGAUUUUAGACACAGAUUUACCGGUUCCAUCUAUCCCUGAAAGACCGAUUUCUAUGAUUGCGAAUAUUGAUGAUAUUGAGAGAACAACGAGUAGCAGUGGUGGUGGUGGUGGUUCUAGUAAUCUGUCAAGUUCUUGUGGAUACCAUUCAUACACGGUUGAGAUUGACCGGCCUUCUUCUUCUAAACAGAAACAAGGAGAGGAAAUUUCAGGUGGCAGAUGAAAAUUGAGGUGAUUCAGAGGAUGGUUGGUUGGUUGGACCACUUGGAAGUCUUGAAUGAUUCUUUUUGCUACCAGUUGUAUUGUUCAUCUUUGAUUCAUUUGUUAAUGGAGAUUGUGUGGUUCCUGAAUUUGGAAUUCCAACUCCCACUGUAAAGUGAAAUAUAGGUGUAUAGCCCCAGUUGAUUUUAUUUUUUUAUUUUUACUUAAAAAAAUUUAGGAAAUAUAGAGCAUGAUUUUUAGAAGUAGCUUUGUUUGGAAGGCUAAGAAGGUCCUGCAUUGGCGAUUCUGCAAGCAUGUUGUUGGGUUAUUCUUUCUCUGGGUGUACUAUACAUUUUAGGUUAUUGUUUUGUUAUAAUCUUUUUUUGGAUGUUCUUACCA